GCUUUUAUAAAACUGACCCCAGUCAGUCCCUACUGAGAUGUGUCUGUGUGACUUGCUCUUGUAGCUGCUAAAGAGAAUCUCUUGAAGCUUCUUGUUAAAUUCUUUAGAAGAGAUAUGGCACAAACCGGACUUAGGAUUUUCCUACUCAUAAGCAUACUGCUGCUGGAUCAGACCAUCAGCCAGGCUUCCAAGUUCAAAGCCAGGAAGCACAGCAAACGUAGAGUGAAAGAAAAAGAUGACCUAAAGACACAGAUUGACAAAUUGUGGCGAGAAGUAAAUGCUCUGAAAGAAAUGCAAGCACUUCAGACAGUCUGUCUUCGUGGGACAAAGGCCCAUAAGAAGUGCUACCUCGUAUCGGAAGGCACCAAAUAUUUUCACGAAGCCAAUGAAGACUGCAUAGCCAAAGGAGGAACACUGGCUAUCCCAAGGAAUAACGAUGAAACAAAUGCUCUUCGAGAUUAUGGCAAGAAAAGCAUACCUAGAGUGUCUGAGUUUUGGUUGGGUGUCAAUGACCUGAUAAACGAAGGGAAAUUUGUUGAUGUCAAUGGCAUGGCUCUGCAGUACUUCAACUGGGAUCGCGCCCAACCAAAUGGGGGGAAGCGGGAAAACUGUGUCUUCUUUUCUCAGUCAUCACAAGGCAAGUGGGUGGAUGAAGUCUGCCGUACUGCCAAAAGAUACAUUUGUGAAUUUCUGAUCCCAUAACUAUAUGUACAAAUGGCCGUGACCAUGUUUUGGGUUAUUAACAUGCAGUGUUGCUUGUUAGUAAAACCUCCCACUCAAACAGCAGCAAGUUAAAAAUAUCCAUCUUCUGCAUUGUACUCAUUCUUUUCUGAAACAGAAGUUCUCUCUAUUAAUUUAUUUUCUGUUCAGAUGCUAAAAAUGUUUACUGAGUGCUCUUACUAUGUCCAGAGAUAUAUAUUAUGUUUUCACCUACAUUGUGUCAUAUUUCAGCAUGUUAUUUCAACCUGAUGUUCAGGUUGCUGGAAUUUACCUCCUAUUUCUGUACUUCAUAUCUCCAUGGUAGGAUAGUAUUGAACUCAGAGCUCCAAUGAGUUUACUCCAAGUUUACAGAGGAUUGCUGUAUGGUGACAUGUGCCAAUAUAAGGUGUAGGGAUCCUUACAGUUUAGUGUUUAAGAGGGACUCUGGGAUUACGUGAGCUCCUGUGAAAAAUGGCCACCAUCCUUGUAGAGUUUAACAGGAUGGAUCUGUGACCGAGAGCUUUACCUAUGGGUUGAGGAAGCCAAAUGAAACAGAAAUCUGAUGUUAAUUUUUAAACUACAUGGAGCUAAAAAUGAUACAUUGAUAGAAAAAGGGGAAGUACCUCUUCUAAAACAUCAGUUAGUCUAAGCAUGUUUGCUUCUAAAUGUCUCAAUUGUGGUUAAAUAUUAGAUGUCAUUUGGAACGUUCCCAUAGAUGAAAGCAACCUGGGAUCACACCUCCACCAUGUAAUGCCUUCACAAGAUGUGCAAAAGCCGUCUCUCCUGCAGGAUCGGAAAGGGGCUUUGAUUUCAGACAGUAGCAUUGCCCGAAGGCACGAGGACGGAUCCCCUUUCUGAGCACAACCUCCCCGCCUGUUCCCCUCUCCACACAGCCGGCGGGACGCCUGACCCACAGCGAGGAGUGGGGCCAAGCCACGGCCACAUGCAAUUCUUCCCCAUUUAACACACCUGACAUUUGAAAAUGAAGUUAAAUGUGCUGGUUAUUUUUUUUUUUGCUUUUCUUAACCUCCCAAGGAACCUUCAUGUUAUAAACUGCGGUUUCUCUCUUGUGUGAAGGAAUUUUGUUUAAAUAUUUAAAUAUAUUACUGCUUGAAGACUAAUUCCUACUUUUCCUCUUUUAGUUGUACAUGAUUUUCUCAAAUUACGCAAUAAAUUUGCAAUUACUGGUAUUUAA